AUGACUUUCCGGCUGUCAGAGGAGGGGGCAACUCUGCUACAAGAGUGGCUGAAGACCGCCACCAAGGAUGCGACGACCGGGAUUCCUGGGGUCGAGGUCUGCGUGGUAAAUCGACAGGGUCAAAACAUUUUUCAGGCUGCUCACGGAAGAGUCGGUGCUUCCAAUGACGCUGGUCUGCUGCAGACAAAUUCCAUCUUCUGGCUCGCAUCAGCCUCCAAGUUGGUCCUGUCGAUAGCUUGUAUGCAGCUCGUGGAGAAGGCACUGCUAAGUCUCGAUGACGCCGAUCAGGUCGAGCAAUUGUGCCCGCGGCUGAAAGACGUCCAUGUCGUACAGCGGUCGGCGGAUGGAAGUCUUUCCUUCGAGGACAAGAAAGGUCGCAUCACCCUGCGAAUGCUGAUGAACCACACGGCGGGAUUUGGUUACAAAUCUUACUCCCCCGAGAUCCGCGACUGGGUAGCUCUGAACUCGACUCACGCGGGAGAUUUCUCUCAGCCGCUUGUCGCACACCCAGGGACAGCAUGGAACUAUGGCUUCAACAACGAAUGGGUCAGCUUGAUGAUCGAGGCGGCCAGUGGAGAGCGAAUGGAAGCGUACGUCAAGAAGCACAUCUCUGAGCCACUCGGCUUAAAAGAUAUAUCACUGUUCCCCAACGGCAACAUGAAAGCUCGCCUGGCCCAACUCAGCCGACGAUCGCUACAGAACGGCAGACUCGAAGAGAGGCCUCAUUUCAUCCAAGCGGUUCUCGACCUCAACACCGCCGAUGAACGAGAGCGUGCGUUCCAGAACGCGGCAGGCGGCUUCUUUAGCAGCCCAGCCGACUAUUGCGCAAUCAUAGCCACCUUGCUCAACGGCGGCGCAUCCCCCGUCACGGGAGCGCGGAUUCUCCAGCCCUCCACCGUGGACGCCAUGUUCGAAAAUCAGAUUCCCGAGUUCCCCAAUUUUGCACGUCAGGGCAUUCCCGCCGCCGUGCCGGACGAGACAUACCCCAUCGCGGAGCUGUAUCCUGCCCAGCCGCACCAUCUGCCUCAAGGAUGGGGCCUCAGCUUCAUGUUGACUCUGCAGCCUACGGUGGAAGGGAGAGGUCCUGGUACUGGUAGCUGGGCUGGGAUGGCAAAUUGCUACUGGUGGGCGGACAGGAUUAAAGGGGUAGGGGGGUUCAUCGGGACCCAGAUUCUCCCGUUCGCAGGUUCGUCGUCGAUCGAUACCAACGAGCCCGCUGUGCGCUCACUGACCUCCCCGAAUUCUUCAGACCCCGUGGUGAUUUCACUUUGCAGGGACAUCGAGAGCAUCGUCUACGCGAACCAAGCCUCGGACUGA